AUGAACCCCAAGAAACCGAGCAGCCCCGAGUCCCAGCACGGCCUCCAGAGCCUGUCCAGAGCCUCCUCCACGAUGCUGCUGGUCCUGCUCACCGCGGCCCUGCUGGCCCUGAGCUCCGCUCACAGCUCCAGCAAAGCGAUUGAAGACUCAAGUCAGGACCUAGCGCAUCAUCCUCAGAGACCACCUCACCACGGAGGACACCCACCGAGACCUCCUGCUAAUGCCCGCCCCCCUCACCAGCCGCGACCACCUCAGGGGGCCAAUCAGACGCAGCCCCGCCCCCCUCACCAGCCUAGACCACCACAGGGGGCCAAUCAGACACAGCCCCGUCCCCCUCACCAGCCUCGACCACCUCAGGGAGCCAAUCAGACACAGCCCCGCCCCCCUCACCAGCCACGACCACCUCAGGGAGCCAAUCAGACGCAGCCCCGCCCCCCUCACCAGCCGCGACCACCUCAGGGAACCAAUCAGACGCAGCCCCGCCCCCCUCACCAGCCGAGACCACCUCAGGAAACCAAUCAGACACAGCCCCGCCCCCCUCACCAGCCGAGACCACCUCAGGGAGCCAAUCAGACGCAGCCCCGCCCCCCUCACCAGCCGCGACCACCUCAGGGAACCAAUCAGACGCAGCCCCGCCCCCCUCACCAGCCGAGACCACCUCAGGAAACCAAUCAGACGCAGCCCCGCCCCCCUCACCAGCCGAGACCACCUCAGGGAACCAAUCAGACGCAGCCCCGCCCCCCUCACCAGCCUCGACCACCUCAGGGAGCCAAUCAGACGCAGCCCCGCCCCCCUCACCAGCCGCGACCACCUCAGGGAGCCAAUCAGACACAGCCCCGCCCCCCUCACCAGCCGCGACCACCUCAGGGAACCAAUCAGACGCAGCCCCGCCCCCCUCACCAGCCGAGACCACCUCAGGAAACCAAUCAGACGCAGCCCCGCCCCCCUCACCAGCCGAGACCACCUCAGGGAACCAAUCAGACGCAGCCCCGCCCCCCUCACCAGCCGCGACCACCUCAGGGAGCCAAUCAGACGCAGCCCCGCCCCCCUCACCAGCCGCGACCACCUCAGGGAGCCAAUCAGACACAGCCCCGCCCCCCUCACCAGCCGCGACCACCUCAGGGAACCAAUCAGACGCAGCCCCGCCCCCCUCACCAGCCGAGACCACCUCAGGAAACCAAUCAGACGCAGCCCCGUCCCCCCCACCAGCAGAGACCACCUCAGGGGGCCAAUCCAACAUGCCGAGACCACCUCAGGGGGCCAAUCCGACAUGGCCCCGCCCCCCUUACCAGCCGAGACCACCUCAGGGGGCCAAUCCGACAUGGCCCCGCCCCCCUCACCAGCCGAGACCACCUCAGGGGGCCAAUCCGACAUGGCCCUUCCCUGGUCACCCUGAAAGACCACCCCAGGGAGCCAAUUAGACGUGGCCCUGAUCCCCGGUCCCUGGUCACUGAAGGGGACCUGGCAGUAGAAGGACAUCGGACAUGGCCUCUCCAGAUAAAUCCUGGCGACCCCAGGGGUCACCACCUCAUGCUGCGAAUCUGA